AUGCUUGGCAAAAAAACAUUUUGGAGACUAAAAGGUGGUAUGUCUUUGGUAUCUUUUUUUUGUUUUUUUUCAUUUUUUUUGUUUUUCUUGCUUUUUAAUAAUAAUAUAAUAUUAUAUGUUGAUUGUUUUAACAAUGAAGGACAUGAGGCGAUAGGUAUGGUUGCCAUGUCGGGUUUAAAGAAUGAUCAAUUAUAUGAACUGAAGAAAUUAUUAAAUGGUAAGGAUUUAGUUGAUAUAGGCAAAUGGGGACAUAUAGUACAUGAUAAAAUAAAUGGUGCUAAGAGUAUGCAUUUUAAUUUACAACAAAAUGAUUGUAAGAAUAUAAAUUUUGAAUGUAAAAAUGCUAAUGGUUUAUGUUUAAUAAAUUCCAUAAAAUAUUUUUAUAAUAAAUUAUUAUCCACAACACCUGAUACAAAAAAAAAUAUUAUAAAUAAUAAUCUUGAUAAAAAGGAGCAAUUAAAAAAAUUCAAAUUUAUAUAUCCAAGAAAUAUUAAUUUUACGGAUUCAGAUUCAUUAAAAUAUUUAAUAUCCUUAAUAAGUGAUUUACAUCAACCAUUAAGAAUAGGAUUUACACAUGACAAUGGAGGUCAAAAUAUAAACAUUACUCAUUUUAAUGUAGAUGGAACUAAAGUUAAAACAAAUCUAUUUGAAUAUAUGGAGAAUGAAAUUAUAAAUAAAAUGAUAAAUAAAUAUCAAUCUUCAUGGUAUAGUGGAUGGACUCAUAUAAAUCGAAUAUUUGAUGAACAUAAAAAAGAUGAAGAAUUAUUUGAAAAAUAUGGAAUAGAUGUUAUAGAUAUUUGGGCUAAACAAAUUAUAAGUGAAUUCUGUUCAGAAUUUUAUCUUAAUAAUUAUGUAACUCAAUUUAUGAUGAGUAAAGGUGAUCAAUUACAUUUUGAUACCUCAAAUAAUAUAGAUAUAUUUUAUGACCUAGAGUUUAUAUUAGAAAGACUAAUAAGAUUUAAUAUGUUACGAGCAGGUUCUAGGAUAUCUAUUAUAUUAAAUUAUAUUUUUUCAAAAAAAAAAUUUUCAAAUUUCAGAAAAAAAUCCGUCUUUGAUAAGGAUUUUCAAGAAUCACAAAGAUACCAUAUUGCUUCCGCUUAUAAAAACAACGCUAUUUUUAUAAACCUCACAAUAAUAUUUGUCAUAUUGUUGCUACUAUUUUAUUUCAAUUUUAUCAUGAAAAGAAGAAAUAAAAUGCACCUUCCUGAUAAAAUAGAACAUAUAGAAUUACAAGCAAAAUGUAACUAA